AAACAGACUGUGACACAUGCGAUUGGCUUCUGUAUUUUAACUGAUUUCACUGAUGGGAACGGAUACAUUCAUCUCCUUUUCUUUUAAAUUCUAAAAAGUGGGAUCAAGGUAACGAGGGCUGGAAUCUUCUGCUUUUUUGUGUUGCUCAUUGUCGGCUUCACAUCCUUUUAUUCAAGCUAUUUAGCAAGCCUUCCCUCUGCUCUCAACCUACCUGUGGCCAGUUUCGGGGAGAACUCAGACCGAUCAUCAAUAUAGACGACACGCUCAACUUUGGGUGCCGCACAACAGAUUCCCUCACCAACUGCAAGAGCUUGUUUGAUGAAAAAAUGAAGAGGCAGUUUUUCACAGCAAUGAGUGGGCUCAAGGUAAGGAGGGCUGGAAUCUUCUGCUGUCUUGUGUUGCUCGUUGUCGGCUUCACAUGCUUUUAUUCAAGGUAUUUAACAAGCCUUCCCUCUGCUCUCAACCUGCCCAUGGCCAGUUUCAGAGUAUCCACACCGAUCAUCAACACGCUUAACUUUAGGGCCAGACCAGUGGUCGUCACACGCACAUCCUGGAAAGCUCCUAUCAUGUGGGAGGGGAUGUUCGACCCAAAUCAUUACGACCAAAUGUACAUCAAAAACCAGACCUCUGUGGCUGUCACCGUGUUCGCUGUGGGAAGGUACCUCGAUGCCUACCUCAAGACCUUCCUUACCUCUGCAGAAAAACAUCUUAUGUUGGGAUUACAAGUGACAUAUUAUGUGUUCACGGAUCUACCAGAGAAUGUAACAAACAUCAAGCUUGCUCCUAACCGAAACUUGAAGGUUAUCAAAGUGGAAAAGCACGGCAGGUGGCAGGACAUCUCUAUGAUGCGCAUGAAAACUAUAUCAGAUGCCAUAGAAUCAGAGAUUCGUCACCACUGCAGGUAUGUCUUCUGCUUCGAUGUGGAUCAGGAGUUUAAGGGAAGAUUUGGCUCAGAGGCUCUGGGGGAUUCUGUGGCUUUGCUACACGCGUGGUUUUACAAGCUACCAAAUAAUACGUUCACCUAUGACAGAAACCCCAAAUCCAAAGCCUUCAUGCAAGCCGGAGAUUACUACUACCAUGCUGCUAUCUUUGGAGGCUUGUCGGAAAAUGUGAAGAAUUUAACAGAUUACUGCUAUUCGAGUAUCAUGGAGGACAAACUAAACAAUGUGGAGGCUCUGUGGCAUGAUGAAAGUCAUCUAAACAAGUACUUUUGGCUUCACAAACCAAGCAGGUUGCUCUCCCCUGAGUACUGCUGGGACCCGCAUAUAAUAAACAACAGUGACAUAAAAGUGACCCGCCUAAUAUGGGCCCCAAAGAAUUAUAAAGCUUUGCGUAUGAGGUAGAGUGGCUUGAAAAGUACAACAGUGUAACUGUAACAUCUUAAGUGAGUUUUUCAGUCUUCUUACUUUCAAAUAAUGAACACAAAAACCUUUUCGUACUACUGCAGAACUGGCUUCACAAUAGCCUGUAACUACAUUAAGGAUUGAAUACAAAGUACAUAUUUACUUAAUAGUUUGCACAGUUAAGAUUAAAUACUCCCUGAAGGUUAGGUUAGAUAGGCUUUAUGUCCAUGUUGUUUGCCAUAUCUGAUCUGGUACUCACCGGUAUUGUUAUUAAUCAUUACACCUUUGCAAUGUGAAAUGAGUGACCUACUGAUUGCUGUGUUUAACAAUGUUGCGGUGGUCACACCCCGGGCGGCCAGGUAAGCAUUGCUGUUCCUACAGAGUGCAGUGUAAUAUCCUUUUGGUUUUAGGGAAAAUGUCCUACCUGCCUGAAUAUCUAUGAAAUGUGUUACGUAUAUAAUGUAUGCACAUUCAUGGUCCCCAGUUAAUUAAUUCUGCUGACUCUUCUUCUACUGCCAUCAUGAAAUUGUCAAUAGUGGUUUUGAGUGACAUGUCUUAAAAACUAUUGGAUGUAUUGCCAUAAAAUUAGGCAAUAUCGCAUGUUCCCCACGUGAUGAAUUGUAGGCUAGAAACUUUGGAAAUUCCUCAAGGUUUUACUCAGUGCCAUCAUCAGGUCCAAUUGAAUUUAGUCCAAUACCAGUAAUACUAAUAAUAUUUCCAUGAGCCUCAGCUGUACUUGGUGUAUAGCGCUGAUUGGCAAACAUGCUAAACUAAGAUGGUCAACACGGUAAACAAAUCCUUCUAAACAUCAGCUUGUUAACCUUUUCAAAAAGUUUAAACAAGCUCAAACUUACAAAUGAUUUUUAAAAUAUUCACACUACUUAAGUUAUACCUCCUCUUUACGAUGCAAGAAAGAAACUCCUACAAUAAGACAUUUGCUAAACUGAUUUUGUGUUUAUUGUUUCUAUAUUUUGUUGAUCAGCUAGAUGUUUUCUUGUCACUGCAUUGUUACAUUUCUCUUGACCUCUUUAUCUCUGUACUUCAUACAUAAAUACAUGGGCUCAGAUAUGUCAGGUGAC